AUGUAAAGCUAAAAAUUUCAGGGCAGUUGGAUGUUAAGAAUAUUACGGGUUUUUAUUUUAAAUUAUAGAAGAAUACUAACCCUUCCUACUCUGUUUAGUACAUCAAGAAUAAAAGGUUUCUACAGCAUCCAAAAACCAUGUACCAUGUGAUCAGUUUAUGUAGACCCUCAUCUUUGUUCCCAUAUUUUCAUAAAACAAAAAGUAGCCACAUUUUCAUAAAACAAAAAGGACAUUGGCGGUCUAGACAACCAAAGAACACUCAUACCAGCAGUGUUCUCAUCUUCGAGAUCGAUUUCUCAACGAAGCACCGCCUCUUCAUUCCGAAGCUCAGUGGGAAUCGGUUUUCCCUCUGCAACAAAACAAAAAGGUGCCCCAGAUUAAGUAGAGAAAAACAAAACUUCAACUGCAAACACAAAGAUAGAGGGGAACCUUGCAGAGCUUCUCUAAUCUUGCGCUUCUUCUCGUAGAUAAGGCGUUCUUUGCCUUCUAAGCUAUUUCUGUACAAAUAUUUCCUCAAUCUAGUAUUUCUUCUCAACAUAAUUGAUCCCUCUCUCAUGGCUCAGGAAUGGUGAUGUCGACGAGAGCGAGACAGUAGAGUGAAGAAGGCUACAACUUCUGCCUUCCUCUAUCAAAAAGAAUUGAGUUCAUCUCUACCCGUCGUUUUGAAAACAAAAAAGGAAAUUGUUUUUGAAAGUCUUGUUUCCUAUUGGGCUUGAAAACCUAAUGUCACUUGUUAUACGAUAGGCCCAGAUUGCCAGAAUAGAGGCUUCUAUAAUCUACCACUACCUUCGUGCGCGCUCUCUCUCUCUCAGUUACACACACAGCUUCGUCGCUCUGAUCUCUUCUUCCGACGAAAACUUUUCAGUGGCGAGGGCUAGCUUGCUCGAUGGACAUAAUCUCCCAACUACAGGAACAAGUCAACACAAUUGCUUCUCUUGCCUUCAAUACCUUUGGAACACUACAAAGGGAUUCGCCACCAGUUAGACUUUCACCAAAUUACCCAGAACCACCUGCGAAUCCGACGGAGGAUGCAGAGAAUUUUGCUGAACAUGCCAAGCUCGUGAGUGCCGCUCUGGUUAAGGCUGCUAAGCAGUUUGAUGCAUUAGUUGCAGCACUUCCUUUAGCUGAGGGAGGGGAAGAAGCACAGCUGAAAAGGAUUGCAGAACUGCAGGCUGAAAAUGACGCUGUUGGCCAAGAACUUCAGAGGCAACUGGAAGCUGCAGAGAAAGAAUUAAAGGAGGUCCGUGAAUUGUUCAGCCAAGCAGCAGAUAAUUGCUUGAACUUGAAGAAACCCGAUUAAAGAUGUAGUGUCUUCUGUAAAUGUAAAACAAUCUGUAAUCUCUCAGGUCUCCCUGUUCAAAUUUUCAUGACAGCUUCAAGUUUUUUUUUUUUAAAUUUACAAAUUAUGAACUCCUAAAUGCUUAGAGUUUUGGGCUUAUAACAAAUGAAAAGAGGUGAUUCUUGUGUA